AUGGAAGGGGAUUCCGGCGGCGGAAAACCGCCUUGGGCCUUUGGUUCUCGAUUUGAUGAACUGACCGAUUUUGACACCGGAGACGACUGGAAGUUGAAAACGCAGAUUAAACGGAAAAAACGUGGAGCUACUCGAGACACGCUGCAAGAAAAAUUCUUUUCUAAGGAAAGCAGAUUGGAAGGAAACAAUGGACCACGCUAUUUAGUGCUGUCUAGAACAGAUGGUGAACACACAAUGGAAAAGGUAUCGCCAUUUUUUAUCAAAAAGGCUAUUGAUAGUAUUACACCACGUGUCACAAUCAGUCGGAUGAAAGAUGGGAAGCUACUUCUGAAAUCAGUGGACACUCAGCAAGCCGAAAAACUAAUGAAACAAACAAACCUUGGAGGACAGAUCGGGAUUCGAAUUGAAGAACACUCUUCUCUGAACACUACAAAGGGUGUUGUCAGUUGUUACGAUUUGAAGUUUCUAUCGGAUAAUGAAAUUCUUGAGGGACUGAAGGCUGAACACGUGACGGAGAUCAGGCGGAUCAAUCGCCGUAACCAGAAUAAGGAACUGGAGCCCACCUCUACCGUAGUCUUAACAUUUAAUCUGGGAUAUCUACCAACAUCGAUAAAUGUAGGAUUCCAUCCAUGCCGUGUUCGCCAGUAUAUACCGUCUCCUUUGAGGUGUAUGAAUUGCCUCAAAUUCGGACAUACUAAAGACCAGUGUAGAGGAAAUCGCGUGUGUGCGGGAUGCGCAAAUCUAUACCAUGAUAAUACUCGAUGCGUACAAACCAUCUGUGUGAAUUGUAGAGGUAGCCACGAUGCGUUUUCGAAAACCUGUCCAGUAUACGAAGAUGAAUACGAAAUCCAGAAAAUUCGAGUCACCGACAAAAUUUCCUUGCGUGAAGCUAAACGAAAACGACGAUCACAAGCUCCGAAUCCAAAUACGCCACAGCUUACCCGAAGCUUUGCUACUGUCACGGCGACGGGAAAGGUUCAGGAAAAUUCUAUUGAAACUAACCGAGAAAUAAGAAGCACGAUGAGCAGCUGUAACCGAGAUCCCAUUACGCAGAAUGACCAACCCAAAUCUGACCAACAAUCCCUACACGAAAUCGCUGCCAGCCCAAGCUUGCCGAGAGAGCCUGGAAUUGAAAUACGACCACCACAGUCUACACAAACACCAACGAUAUCUAGCAUUAACCAUGAUGAUCAUCCCAACCAUUGCUUCGCCGUCGAGAGAGUAUCGACGGACAGAGCCCGAUCGAGAUCACGAUCUCCAUUGUUUACAACCUCACAGUCUACCAAUAUCGAUGGAAAGGUUCAAGAGAAAACCCAAAGCAAGAUCAACUUCUAA